AUGGCAACAUCACUUGGUGACAUUGGCCUUUCAGCCGGCAUCAAUCUACUCACUGCGCUGAUCUUCUUAAUAGCCUUCGCAAUAUUACGUCUUCAACCAUUCAAUGAUAGAGUAUAUUUUCCGAAGUGGUACCUUAAGGGUUUGAGAAAUAGUCCAACGCAUUCCGGGGCGUUGGUGAGUAAGUUUGUGAAUUUGGACUGGAGGGCGUAUAUAAGAUUUUUGAAUUGGAUGCCUGAUGCACUGAGAAUGCCGGAACCUGAGCUUAUUGAGCACGCAGGAUUGGAUUCUGCCGUUUAUUUACGCAUAUACUUGCUUGGACUUAAAGUUUUUGUUCCUAUUACAUUGCUUGUGUGGGCAAUUCUUGUGCCUGUUAACUGGACAAAUCAAACGUUAGCUAAAUCAGGUGUGGAUUUCGGUGAGAUUGAUAAGCUUUCUAUUUCCAACAUUCCACUUGGAUCCCAGAGGUUCUGGACUCAUAUCAUUAUGGCGUAUGCCUUGACAGUCUGGACAUGCUAUGUCUUAAAAAAUGAAUAUGCAAAAGUUGCAUCCAUGCGCUUGCACUUUAUUGCAACUGAAAAGCGACGGCCAGAUCAAUUUACAGUUCUUGUUAAAAAUGUACCACCAGACCCUGAUGAAUCGAUAAGUGAGACCGUGGAGCACUUUUUCCUGGUCAAUCAUCCGGACAAUUACCUUACUCAUCAGGUUGUUUGCAAUGCCAACAAACUGGCAAAAUUGGUGGCAGAAAAGAAGAGUAAGCAAAAUUGGCUGGACUAUUACCAGUUAAAAUAUGCUAGAAACCAAGAACAACGACCCACAACAAAGACUGGUUUUCUUGGCCUUUUUGGUGAGAAAGUGGACGCAAUUGAUCACCAGACCGCAGAAAUUGAAAGAUUAACAAAAGAAAUAGCCGCAGAACGUGAAAGGGUACUCAGUGAUCCUAAGUGCAUUAUGCCUGCAGCAUUUGUCUCCUUUAAAACUCGUUGGGGUGCCGCUGUCUGUGCUCAAACCCAGCAGUCCAGAAACCCAACAUUAUGGUUGACAGGAUGGGCUUCAGAGCCUCGUGAUGUUUACUGGCCAAACUUGGCAAUCCCUUAUGUUUCCUUGUCUGUCAGAAAGCUCAUAAUCUCUGUUGCUUUCUUCUUUCUCACUUUUUUCUUCAUGAUUCCUAUCACUUUUGUGCAAUCCCUUGCAAAUAUUGAAAGCAUUGAGAAAAGAGCCAAAUUUCUGAAGCCUAUUAUUGAAAUUGGCUUCAUCAAGUCAUUCAUCCAAGGUUUUCUUCCUGGGAUUGCUUUAAAAAUUUUCCUCAUUCUCCUGCCUACCAUUUUGAUGAUGAUGUCCAAGUUUGAAGGCCUUCUGAGUAUAUCAACUUUGGAGAGGAGAUCAGCUUCUAAAUAUUACAUCUUUAACUUUGUCAAUGUGUUCCUCGGGAGCAUAAUUUUGGGAACCGCAUUUCAACAACUUGACAGUUUCCUUAAACAGUCAGCUAAUGACAUCCCAAAGACGAUAGGUGUGGCAAUCCCGAUGAAAGCAUCUUUCUUCAUAACUUAUAUAAUGGUUGAUGGAUGGGCUGGUAUUGCGGGUGAGAUAUUGAGGCUGAAACCUUUGAUAAUUUUCCACUUGAAGAAUUUCUUCUUGGUGAAAACCGAGAAAGACCGGGAAGAGGCGAUGGAUCCAGGAAGUCUUGGUUUUGACACUGGGGAACCACAAAUACAGUUUUAUUUCCUGCUAGGUCUUGUUUAUGCUGUUGUGACCCCGCUUCUACUCCCAUUCAUAUUGGUUUUCUUUGGUCUGGCAUACGUCGUGUUUCGUCAUCAGAUCAUUAAUGUGUACAAUCAAGAGUAUGAAAGCGCCGCUGCUUUUUGGCCUGAUGUUCAUGGUCGUGUCAUAUAUGCCCUGGUCAUCUCACAGGUACUUUUGAUGGGGUUGAUGAGUACAAAACAUGCAGCGAGUACCACGCCGUUCCUCAUUGCACUUCCAAUAUUGACCAUCACGUUUCAUCAUUACUGCAAGGGACGUUAUGAGCCGGCCUUCAUUAGGUACCCAUUGCAGGAAGCAAUGAGGAAAGAUACACUGGAAAGAGCAAGAGAGCCAAACCUGAACCUGAAGUCCUACCUCCAGAAUGCUUACAUUCAUCCCGUUUUCAAAAAUGAUGAUGACGACAGUGACGAUGACGAGAGCUUCCAGAAGUUGGAGGAGUCUGUGCUCGUCCCAACAAAACGCCAAUCACGGAGGAACACCCCAGCGCCUAGCAAAAUUAGUGGGGGAUCUUCCCCAUCGUUGCCCCCGGAUGGGGUUGUUUAUGACGACAAAACAUAUCCUUGA